UGAAAGAGACAGAAGGCCGUGGAAGAAAGGAAAAAGAAAAUGCUCUCCCGUUGGUCUGCCCACGACAUGCGGAAGUGCUGCUUCUUCGGGAAGUUGGUGACGCCGCCGCUCCCUCCCUUGUGACGGCUCUGUUCGGGUCAGCUGAGCGCGGCUUGUCCCUGCGGUGGUGUACGGUUCGAAUGAACCGAGCCUGCCCCUUUUGGGACGGUUCUGUUCGGGUCAGCUGAGCCGAGCCUGCUCCCUUCGGGACGGUGACAAUGGCCGGGCUGGCCCGGAUCUCGGCUGCCGGGCUCGCCCUCCUGUGCUGCGCCGUGUUGCUGCUGCCGAUGCCGGGGGCUGCCGGCUACGUGCUGGACGAUCAGGCAGGUCUCGGCCCGGAGUUUGACGGCAUCGGCGGCCUGAGCGGCGGAGGGGCAACUUCCCGACUUCUUGUCAACUACCAAGAGCCGUAUCGCAGCCAGAUAUUGGACUACUUGUUCAAGCCAAAUUUUGGUGCUUCUUUGCAUAUCUUGAAAGUUGAGAUUGGAGGUGAUGCCCAAACGACAGAUGGGACAGAACCUUCGCAUAUGCACUAUGAAGAUGAUGAGAAUUAUUUCCGAGGAUAUGAGUGGUGGCUGAUGAAAGAAGCAAAGAAGAGGAAUCCUAAUAUUAAAUUAAUAGGGUUGCCCUGGGCCUUUCCUGCUUGGAUUGGUUAUGGAGAGAUGUCGCCUUACUCUUACCCACACAGAACAGCCUAUUAUAUUUCUUCAUGGAUUCAUGGUGCUAAAUUCUAUCAUAAUCUUGAUAUUGACUAUGUUGGGAUUUGGAAUGAAAGACACUUUGACAAGAAGUACAUCAUGCUGCUGAGAGAUACCCUGGACAAAAUGGGUCUAGAGCAGGUGAAAAUCAUAGCCAGCGAUAAUCUUUGGGAACCGAUAUCUUGGUAUGUGCUUCAUACUGAGCUCAGUGAUGUGGUCGACAUCAUAGGAGCCCAUUAUCCUGGAACUAUUUCAAGCAGCAAUGCUAGGAAGACAGGCAAGAAGCUAUGGUCAUCUGAGGACUACAGUACUGUCAAUAAUAACGUAGGAGGAGGGUGUUGGGCUCGAAUACUCAACCAGAACUACGUUAAUGGCAAUAUGACGUCUACAAUCGCAUGGAAUCUGUUGGCAAGUUACUAUAAUGAGCUACCGUUUGGUUUGGAUGGGCUGAUGACAGCAGAGGAACCAUGGAGUGGGCACUAUGAAGUCCAGUCGCCUAUUUGGAUUACAGCGCACACUACACAGUUCACUCGGCCGGGGUGGCAUUAUCUGAAGACUGUUGGUCAUUUGGAAAAGGGUGGGAGCUAUGUGGCCCUGACAGAUGGGAAAGGAAAUCUCACCAUUAUCAUAGAGACCAUGACUCAUAAUCAUUCGAUAUGUGUACGGCCUCCACUGCCAUCUUUCAAGGUCUUCCCACAAGUUGUAACUUUUUACCUCCGAGGAUCAUUUAAAAAGAUUGACACCUUAAAGGUAUGGCAUACAAAACUUGACUUCUACAAGAAUUCCUCCAAAUUUUUCACUCAACAUUCCGACAUCAAGCUCGUGAAUGGAUCAUUCUCCAUGCCCCUGGAGGUAGAUGAAAUAUGGACCAUGACCACCAUUAGCACGGGGAGACAUGGCAGUUUUGCUGAGCCGCCUCCCUCUAGCGCGUUUCCGAAGGACUAUACGGAUGAUUUCAAUAUUAAGACUCCACCAUUCAGUGAGGCACCUAAUUUUGCUGACCAGACCGGAGUGUUUGAAUAUUUUGUAAACUACUACAAUCCUGGUGAACAUAUGUAUACUCUGCGACAGGUGGUAAAACAGCGACCUAUAACCUGGGCAAGUGAUGCUGACCAAACAAUUAGUGUUAUUGGUGAUUACAUGUGGCAAGAUUUCAAUAUAACUUGCGAUGUACUCAUUGAGACGCCCAAUACUGGAGGUGUGUUCAUUGCUGGAAGGGUGAAUAAAGGAGGGGAACUUAUUCGACAUGCAGAAGGAUUAUACUACUGGAUCUUUGCCGAUGGGACGUACAAAGUUACUAAUGACUUGCCUGGGAACAUUGUGUUGGAUUCAGGCAAAUCCGGAACACGGGCAGGAAAAUGGCACACUCUCACUCUCAGGAUUCAGGAUGACUUAGCAAGUGGAUUCUUGAAUGGCUACCCACUGUGGAAGGGUGUCUAUAUAGGUCAACCUCGCAACGGCUGGGCUGCUAUUGGAACGUGGAGCUUCGAAUUGGCUCAGUUUGAUAAUUUUCACGUACAAGCUGGUUAAACCCAAGUGAAUCCAUUCCCGUGUGUCUCAAGCACAAUGGUGUAUUGCCAUGUUUGCAGUCCAAAAGUGCCUCAGAAAGAAUAAGAGUACAUCUUCCCACUUUUGUGUAUUUAGACACUGGUGGUGGCUUCUUCUUCACCCUCUGAUUUCCUUUCAAGUGCCAUUGCUGUGGUACUAGGCACAAGACUUGCUGCUUCAGCCUAAUCGGAAACAACUUAUGACAUUGCAUUUCAACCAAAUGUUUUAAUUUCAGUAUAUAACACACACACCUGUUCUCCCUUGUACCCAGAAUGAAAUACAACAAGGUGAAAGGUAUUGUGUGAGUAUGAGGAAGGUAAACCACCUGUCUCCUUAACUACAAUAGCCAGGUUGUUUAUCAAUGUCUACUGAAUAUUAGGAAAUUUCCUUAAGAAAAGUACAAACGUUUGUAUGUACCAGAAGGGCCAAAGCAUUCUGACUACUAAUCCUUUUUUUUUGAACAAGAAUACUUAAAGUUCAAAGUAAAUUUAUUCCCAAAGUACAUAGUGCAUAUGAGACUCAGUUUAUUGUGGGCACUCUCAAUAAAUCCAGUAACCAUAAUGGAAAGACUGCACCAACAGGCAAACAACCAGUGCGUAAAAGACAACCAAUUGUGCAAAUGCAAAAAGAAAGAAAAUAAAUGGAAUAAUGAUAAAUAUUAAAUAUCAAGAGCAUGAGAUGAAGAGUCCUUGAAAGUGAAUUCAUAGGUUAUGGGAACAGUUCCAGUGAUCAGCUGUUUGGACUUGCUGAUACUGAGUAAGAUGUUAGCGUUGUGGCACCAUUGGCCAGAUUUUCAUUCUCCGUCCUAUAUAGUGAUUCGUCAUCUGAUAUCAGUCUCAUGAAGCUCAUCUGUUUCCACGACAACUGACCGAGGCUGACCCUGACUGUUUGAAACCUUACAAUGAAAUUUGAACCUCUGAUAAACAUUGGACUAGAUACAGUAUUGACGUCAUUCCUAAGGUUCUUUUUCUACCCUUUGUAAUGUUGCAUAAUUGCAGUCCUGCCCCCGUGCAUACACUCACUAACCAUCCAUCGAUUACUGCACCCAGUCUUCCGCCCAGCUGCCUGACAUGUUCUACCUUCUCUAAACAUCGGGGGCGCCAUGGUAGCGUAGUGGUUAGCGUGACGCUAUUACACCUCGUAACAUUGGAUUUCAGAGUUUAAUGCCGAUGCCGUCUGUAAGGAGUGUGUACACCCUCCCUGUGAAUACGUGGGUUUCCUCAAGCUGCUGUCGUUUCCUCUCACUGUCUGUUGUAGCAGUGGUCCCCAACCUCCGGGCCACAAAGAAUGCAGCGGUAGUCAGGACGCACCCAGCACAUCUUUAAGAAAAAUGCCGAAAUA